AUGUGGCACGGUGGUACCGUGACAUCUAUUAUAGGAACAUCUUGGAAGUUCGUCCAUUAUUCUCAGAAGUUCGAAUAUUUAGGAGUAGUUCAUAUUGAAAUGCACCUCAGCCAUCUAUUCAAUGUAUCUACGGGCGAUGUGCAAUAUAGAGGUAGGUACUUCGUAUUGCUUUUCGAAGGAGUUGGAAAUAAUAUGCUGAAAAUUAACAAAAAUGCCCACGACUUACAAAAGAAAAAAUGAAGAGAGAGCUAAAUGGAGUGCCGGUUCUUUAAGAAACGCAAUUGAAUGUGUACAAAAUCGUACAAUGGGUGUAAAUGAAGCCGCCAGACAAUUUGGAAUACCUAAAAAAUUAAGAAGGGGGACGCAAUAAAACAACACAGAUUAGGUCCGUCAUCAGCGUUGGGAGAAGAUGCAGAACUAAAAUUGGUGCGACACAUAAAAAAAUUGCAAACAUUUGGAUUUGCACCAGAUCGAGAGUCCGUCAGAAUAUGGGCUUUUCAACUUGCAGAAAAAUUAAAACUGAAGCACACGUUUAAUAAAGAAAGAGGCAAGGCCGGUUAUGAUUGGCUUAACUCGUUUUUACGUCGACAUCC